AUGGACGGCAAAGCGCCUGAGAAAGCGUUGGCCAACACAGAUCACCAUUUUCUGAUUGGCGCCAUGGCUUACUGGGAAGCAUGCAUGGCUUUUGUUGUUGACCAGCCAAAGAAUGUGGUGCAAUAUCUAUAUCCUUUCUCUCGGCCAACGGAGAUCACGUAUAUUCACAUGUUUGCUGGCAUCAGCUUACCACUGUUCGUUACACUCGCCAGGGUUGGCAUUUGCGUACGCCAAAACAAAGUGCUGAGGAACAUGGCUGCCUUGGGCUGGAGAGAUAAAGAUGCCUAUCAAUCAUUCGCGUCCGAGGUAUUGCAGGAUGCAGUCGCGCUCGAACAAUGGGCUGUCGAUUACCAUCUCCCUGCUGACGAAACAUUCGAUACUAAAAGUCUGGGUUCGUCCACCUAUCACCAGUUAAAAGCUUUUGCACACAUGUGCAAAUUCUCAAUUCUGCUCGAGCUGCUCCGGAAUUUCCCAAGUCUUUUAGAUUCAGAGGUCGAUCAUGCGAAGCCUUCGCAAACGAAUAAUCUCUCAGUAUCACAAACAACAAGACUUGACCGUUGGUAUUUUGACCUAUCUGGGGCGAUUCUCAAGCACGCGAAAGACAUUCCAGAGGGAUCCACCUGUGGACUAUAUCAAACAAUACUAUUAAUAAUAUGUGGCAGCGUAUUACGACCAUCCAAAGACACGAGGACUAGCUUCCCCAAGGACAUGAGGGCAAACGAAAAACUCGAGGCUCAAGUACUUUCAACGCUUGCACGACAAGACGAACUCGACGAACGUCGUGCCUUUGUACGAAGACGGCUACAGACAAACUGUGCGUCAUUCGGUCUGCGACAAGUCUACUCGCGAGCCGAGCUUUUGCUUGAAGACGUCUGGCGCGAGUUUGAUUCCGGAUCAAACGAGGCUGAUAAUCUGCCGUCAAAUCGUCAUUGGAUCGAUGUGAUGACCGAACUCAAGUUGGAAACAUUCUUCGGUUGA